UGUAUCAGCAUUGUAAUCACCAUUAAAUAUUAUAAGUGCUUUCGACACUGCUAAAGACUAACAGCAUUUUUAAACAUAAAUAUCGUUGAGAGCAGCAUAUAUUAAUUCCAAUUGUGUAAAAUGCCACCGAAAGCACAAAAGGAAUCAUUAGUACUAUUAAUAAAUAUUGGAGUAACAAAUCCAAAUAUAGAAAAUAAUCAUUCCUUAUUGGAGAAAGCAAAACAUAUUGCCAAGCGAAAAAUUCAAAAAAUGAUUUUCUUAACACCAAAUGAUAAAGUUGCAAUAAUGUUAAUGGGCUCCGGUGUUACAAAAAAUCGUUUGGAUACAGAACAUGUAGAAGAAUUUACAGAUUUUCAGAUUCCAAAGUGGGAUCUUGUAAAAAAAUGUAUGGCUUUAGAAGGUACAAACCAUUGUUCUAAUUGGAUUGAAGCACUUGAGGCUGCAGUAUUAUUUAUGAAAGAAAACACUAUUUUACCUUCUACAAGGAAAAUCAUUUUGAUGUCCGAUUUUAAUGAAGAUCCGGAUAUUAUUUCACAAUUUCAAGCAGAUGCAAUUGCAGAUUGUCUUUCAACAAACAAAAUUAUAUUAGUCACACUAUCAGAAUCAACUAUAUCACCUACUCCUACACUUAGUGAAAUCCUUCUAAAAGAUGUCAAUGAAAAGAUUAAUGGUCACCAUAUAACAUUUGAUAAUGCCAUAUCAGAUAUGAAAUUUUAUACACCGAUACCAUCAAAACCAUCUCCAUCUUAUUAUAGCUUAGAGUUACUUGAUAAAAAAAUACCAGUUGUUUCUUAUGGUAAGGUAAGAAAAACAAAUUUUCCGCCAUGGAAAAAAGCCAAAGGUGAUCAAAAGCUCCGAUCAGAAACAAAAUACUUAGAUAGACAGAGGGUUUCUUAUACAGCAGAUAACAUUCAAAAAGGAUACAAAUAUGGAGGAGAUUUUAUUUCAGUACCUGAGGAUUUAGAGAUGAAUAUAAGACAGAAAGACAGUGAAAGAAGUUAUCGAAUUUACGGGUUUACAGACAGAAAUAAUGUUGAUUUGGAGUAUUUUUACAAAAGUUCCAGUUCUGUUAUUUUACCCAAUAGUCAAACAAAUAAUGUAGUGAAACCAUUUUAUAGUUUAGUGCAAGCAAUGCAUGAAACAAAUUCAGUUGCUAUUGUGAGAAAAAUUUUUAAAAAAGGUGGCGUGCCUAGAAUGGUUGCAUUGUUUCCUUGUAUUGAUAUUCCUGAUGAACCAUGGUGCUUGAUAGAAAUACAAUUAGUAUUUGCAGAAGAUCGAAGGAUCAUGGAAACAAGAUCCAUGAAGUCCACAAUUAAACAAUUAAAUACUCCACAAAAUGAAGCUAUAGAUAGUUUAAUAGAUUCUCUGAUGUUAACGGAUACAGAAAAUGAUAGUCAGAUUGAUGGGUGUGAGUGUUUUUUACCAGGAUGCAUGCCAAAUCCUGGUGUACAACAUAGAUGGGAUAUGUUAUCAUACCGUGCUAUUAAUCCAGAUAAACCAUUACCGCCUGUGGAAAAUUAUUUAAAAGAAAUUUUUGAGAUACCAUCGAUAAAAAAAAGAAGUAAAUGCCAUCUGCAGAGAAUUGCGGAGUUAUUUCGAUUAGAGAGCAUAAAUCUAAAAAAAGAGAAAAGUGAGAUGAAGCAGAAAGAUAAUAUGCAGAUCAAUGAGGAUAUCAAUAUCGAUAGCAAAGAGUCUAAUAAAACAGAGGACAUAGCUGAUGUUGAAACUAAUUUGUAUAAGGAAUCAGUUUUGUCUCUGGAUAUUUCAGAUAUUGAUCUUGAUGAACUGGCUGCUAACAUAUAACUUCUGCAACUUGCUAAAUGAUUUAUGAUUGAUUUUUAUGAUAUUUUAAGAAUGUCUGAAAGGAAAUCUCAGAAAAUAUCUUGGAAUAAUUAACAGUGUGUGAGAUAUUACAUGUAUAUUCUAUUUUCUUAAUAGGAUAUCUGUUUUACGAGAAAUCGAUAAAAUCGACGUUCGCAUCUGGUGUUCGUUGCUCAAACAUCUGUCAAGAGCCGGAUUAUAGAACGUCGAUUCAAUGAACAUCAAACAUGGACUAAUUAUGUACAUAGGUAUGGAACAAUAAUUUUAAAUGAGAGCUUACUACAUGAUAAUGCAGUGCUAUUGCACUAUAAGGAAUCUAUUGCACUAUAAGGAAUCUAUUGCACUAUAAGGAACUAUUGCACUGUAAGGAAUCAAAAUUUUUUGUGGUUAUACAUGGUGCUUUAUUAAUUAAAUAAAAAUGGAUGAAAGAUUAA